AUUCAGGAGUAUUAUUUUUUCCCGCACCUGAUUUCCGUUCUCCCCCAAUCUUUUGAAAAGCUCAAAUUGUCCCGGGACUAAAACAAAACCCUAAUUUAUUAAUCUCUUCCCCGUAAUUUUAGAAACUCCGGCGUUGCAACAAUGGCGUCGACGCCACUGUUACCGCCGAACGCGGCCGCUGGGAACCCUAAUUUCGACGGAAACGCACGAGCUACUCCGGCCCCUCCGGGAACAGACAUGACCGGAAUUUGCUUCAGGGAUCAAUUAUGGCUAAACACAUACCCCCUGGACCGAAAUUUGGUGUUCGAUUACUUCGCUCUCUCUCCAUUUUACGAUUGGACUUGCAAUAAUGAAACUAUUCGUAUGCGGUCCAUUCAUCCUCUUGAUCACUCCCAUCUCUCGAAAAUGACAGGAAUUGAAUACGCACUGAGUGAAGUAACAGAACCUCACCUCUUUGUCAUCCGCAAGCAGAAAAGGGACAGCCCUGAUAAGGUGACGCCGAUGCUGACAUAUUAUGUACUAGAUGGUUCAAUAUAUCAAGCGCCGCAACUUUGCAAUGUCUUCGCAUCUCGAGUAGGACGUGCUUUAUAUCAUAUAUCAAAGGCUUUCACAACUGCAGCAUCAAAGCUGGAGAAGAUUGGAUAUGUUGAUACUGAGAAUGAGAGUGCUACUCUUUUAGCAAAGGCUCCUAAAGAAACUAUCGAUUUGAAAGAAGUCAAGCGAAUAGAUCAUAUUCUUGCAUCCUUGCAGCGUAAGCUGCCACCAGCUCCACCACCACCACCUUUCCCUGAAGGAUAUAAUCCUCCCAAGAGUGCGGAGGGAGAAAAUGCAUCUGAAGCACAAGCACAACUUCCUCCAGUAGAUCCCAUCCUAGACCAAGGUCCAUCUAAGAGGAUGAAGUUUUAAAACAUAUAUGUGACUCUUGUUCCAGCACCCUAAACACAUCCAUGGUACUGGUUAGGAGGAGGAAUAUUGUUUAGGCGUAAGGGUACUAACUGGGAAUUGUUAGCUGUUCAGUUUGAUGCCAAUUGUUGUAACUUGCAAACCCAAAUAUAAAUUUUACUCCUUACUCGUGGACUCGUGGUUCAUUUGCCAGAGGUUCUCUCAAGGUAUUCAGGAUGCGUUCAACUUUCAUUUUCGACUA